CUUUUCUCAGAAACUGAGAUCUGAGUUCAACAAAUUUCAGGUUCGAAAUUAAAAUCUAAACUUGUUUAGAACAAAUUUCAGAAUAUUUUGAAGUCCAGUGCAUAAGAACAUGGAUGAGAAGAAGCGUGAUGAAGGAGCAAAAGAAGGACGCGGCAAGAGCAAAGUUGAAUCUGACACCAAGACGGAUCCUCCAGCCAGUCCUCUGGCUCUGACCAUUGGUCCCUCAGCACCUUCCUCUAGCACACAGUCACAAAAAAAGGAACCAUUGGAGAAGCAACUGAGCAACUUCUGGGCAAAACAGCGUCAGGAAGUUGAGGAGCCGAGUGAGUUGAGGAAUCAUCACAGUUUGCCAUUGGCUAGGAUCAAGAGGAUAAUGAAGGCUGAUGAGGAUGUGAGAAUGGUAUCAGCUGAGGCUCCUGUGCUGUUGGCCAAGGCCUGUGAGAUGUUCAUCAUGGAGCUCACAAUGAGGGCAUGGUCUAAUGUUGAGGAGAACAAAAGGAAAACAUUAAGUAAGAAUGACAUUGCAGCUGCAAUGACAAAGUCUGAUAUCUAUGAUUUUCUUAUUGACAUUGUCCCCAGGGAAGACACUAGGGGUUCUCAAGUGUUUCCAGGUGUACCAGGAGCAACACCCUUUCCUCAGACUCUGUCUCAGAUUAUGCCUAACUAUCCUGUGCCACCUCAUCAACAUGCUGCUGCAGGCUCACAAUCUGAUGCUGCUGCUGCUCAAACAAUGCUCAUGGGAAUGCCCCUUCUUGAUCCAACUCAUCCUCAGCAGCUGCAACCCCCUACUUUUCCAUCUCCAAUGAUGCCACCCAACCCUGAAGAAGAGAACAGCCCUUCUCCUGAUUCUGAUGAUGACUGAGCAGAUAAAAGUUAAUCACUGAAAAACUUUGCAAUUAUGCAUUCGGUGUAUGGUCAAUAAGCUCAGCAGACUUUUGCUUUUCAUUUUCCUUUUCAAUGGUUUCUUAAACUGAAUUUGAAUGUUUGAAACUUUUAUCCUUCGCAAUUUGAUGGUUUCAUGUUGCUUUUA